UAUGUUGGCAGAUUUCGUGUUCUACGGCCGUCAGCUCUAGGUCCUUACCGGGUUCUCGUAUGCGUGCGUCUCCCGUAUGUCUCCGGGCUGAACUCUAAUCUUUGCGAAGGGUCACCGGUUUCUUUGCGGAUUGGCAAAAGGUUUUCACCGCCUUUCAUCAAGAUGGAGUCCCAAGUGUAAAGCAUCUACCUUCGAGCUCGGAUACAGCUAUUGCAAUGAGGAAUCCAUCAUGACAUGAGUUGAAUUUCGGAGAGCCGUCCUGAGAAGCACCGGAAUCUCACAGACCAUGGCGUCUCGGAGUCUUGUUUUCUCCCUUUUGUCUGGUUUUCUUGCAUCCCUUUCGAGUGUACUCGGUAAACUCGGCAUGGCGAGCGAUCGCGCCGCAGCGAUGUGUCAAACCGUCCUCUCGGCUUGGUUCGAAACGACACAGAUCGAAGCCUUCUAUUUGUGUGAAAGCAUCCUGUCAUUGGUGAGAGGAGGCUUCCUAUUGUCGAUGAUAGCCUGCAAUGCUCUGAUGUGGACCAUCUUCACGAAAGCUCUCCGGUCAAGCUCCUCGACUGUCGAAGUGACCGUUGUCAACCUCGCGGCGAACUUCUUCUGCUCUGCCAUUUUCGGACAGUCAUUUUUCGGAGAACGUCUCACCUUGGUCUGGGCUUUGGGGAGCGUCAUCAUCAUCAUCGGACUCGCUCUAAUCCACGUUGGGAGCAAGAGAAACGUGGAGAGCGGAAAACUUUCGCAGGAAAAACAUUGCGACAUGAGGUACCCGGGUGCAGAGAAGAUCUACGAGCGGCACCUCGCGAGAAAGUCGCAAUGACUUUUUCAUUUGAGAUCAAACAUCGACUGAAUUUUUCAAAAGUAUUUGUACCGCAAAAUUUCGACUCGGCAAUGAGCACGCAGCAUGGAAUGAUCCCUGUUCAUAUGUACAUAAUACUGUAUAUCACCACCAAAGGGCAGACCUGGAAGGGUAUUAGUCUGUGUGUUAUGGGGACCAACUCUAGUGAUUCCUUUGGACUCCGAAGGUUUCCGUUGUGAUGCCCGAUCUCGGUGGUGGAUCGUCGCUCGCAAAAACAACGCUGCCUAUCUGUGAUUCUUCGGAAGGAAUAAAUGAGCUCCCCCAAUGAAUCAGCC